AUGGAUCCGGACUGUGCUAUAUGCAGCGGCGCCGCUAGCCUCCGUUGUGAUUGUGAGGCAAAAGCGUUGGAGACCGCCAUCACCCAAGCCGAGCGCCGCAUGAUGCAGUCUGUGUAUCAGCAAAUUCGUGAAUGGGCCAGAGGCCAUGCUCAGGACUACAUCCUAGAGUAUUUCAACAUGCUGUCCGAGAGGAGGAAGGCCGCCCAUACCGAGCACAUGGAAGCCAUAUCGCGAUCUGCCUUUCACUACUACCGCUCCCCGCCUCACCCGGGUCAGAUCGCCGAGGCCCAGCAGGCACUCAAGCGAGGAAUCGACGAAGACUGGAAGAGCAGCGUCCAGCGGUACCCGGAAGUGCUCGAGUACUUCUUCGGCCUCGUCGAACUCACCCUCCCACCAGAGGAUCACCCUACCAUCAAAGACCCUCCUCUGAGCGCCAUGGGCGGUGGUCGAAAACCCCUCGUCGCCCCCUCCUCCUCCAACGAUUGCGGGAGGCUACCAUGUACCUGA